AUGCCUCCACGAAAAUCCGACGUUACUGAGCCAAAGACACCUACACGUCGUUCAAAGCGAGGACAGCCCCUCGUUACGACCGCAACAUCGGGGAUUUUCGACCUUUCUUGGUGUGGCAGCCCAACGCACGUUCACCCACUCAAUGCCGAACUAGAUCUCCGACUUGAAGAUCGCGAAGAAUGGGAGAGACUCGAUGAAGUGGAAAGGCAAGAAAAGACGACGCUGUUUUACGAUGCUUUCCAACGAAGGAGACCAACAAUUACGAAGAAGUCAUACGGAAAGAAAAAGGCGUCGGCGAAAGAGGCUAUAAAGAACAUCGAGACAUUUCAAGUCGGAGACACGGUCCUCGUUUCCAACGGAAAUAACAGAUAUCCUAGCGUUGCAGUCAUAACUGCAUUAUGGGAGACUGAUCUGGGCGAGACCGGUAAGGAGAUGCUGUCAAAGGACAUGUACGUUCGGGUACAUUGGUUUUUGAGGCCCAAAGAAUUGCCUAGUAAUGAGAUAUAUUACACUCUCUCGGAAAGUGUGAUCUUGGACACACCUGAAGCUAUAAUACGGCAUUGUGUUAUUCACGACAUUUUACCGAAGGGGGAAGACAGCGCCGAUAGUGAUGGGGAAGGCUCACAGCAAAGCUUCAUCUGUCGAUUCGCAGUGAAUUCUCGCCGUGGACUAUAUUAUACGUUUUGCUGGAGAAAUCAUCAUAAAGCGGCGCUGGCCGCUAUGAACCGUGGAACAAGGGACCAACGGGCAUCCGGUGAAUUUUGGAGAGUCUUGGUAGAUGCCUUCCCAAGUAAGCCGAAGCCGCGUGGGAAGGGACGAGAAGACGUAGUUCCAGGAACAGACGAAUUCAGCGACGACCAUUCUGACGAUGCCUACGUAGAAUCGUCGAACGAUGCUGACGAUGACGAUGAGCUUCCAGUCGCAGGGACAGCAGAAAGCGAAGAAGAGGAAGAAAUCUUCGACGAAGAGGAUUACGAGGAACCCAGGACACCAAACAGAAAGCGGAAACAGAAUGCUGCAACGACGCCUCGAAAACGCCUAACACGAGCCAUUGCUCAACCUACCCCUCAUUCGAAAGCCGCUCUAGCUCGAAGAGCACAAUCCUCGCCCAAGAAACGUCAAAAGUUCACGAGACUUCUGCAGGUACCCUACGUUGCCGAUAACUUUAUCAACGCCCUGCCAGAGGAUCCGUGGUUGCGCGCAAUGCAUGCUUUACAUGUGGGCAGUCGUCCAGAUGCUUUGCCAUGCAGAGAUGGCGAAUAUCAGCACGUUCUUCGCAGCGUGCGGGACCUCUUGGAGGAAAGUAGUGGUGGGUGUAUUUAUAUAUCGGGCGUCCCUGGUACAGGAAAGACGGCAACAAUACAUGCGGUUGUUCGCGAGCUGAAAAAGUUGGCAGAAGCCAGUGAGAUUAAUCCAUUUACUUAUGUUGAGAUUAAUGGGCUUCGGAUUCCCGAACCUAGCACUGCUUAUAACGUGCUAUGGGAGAGCAUUUCUGGACAUGAUGUUAAGAAAGACGGACAUCUGCAAAUCAGUGCUAAAGAAAGUCUCAAAGCAUUGACGAAUUACUUUGCUUGUAGAUAUGCCAAAGGUCCUGGAGGCCAUGCAUGCGUCGUUUUGAUGGACGAACUAGAUCAACUCGUCACAGCAAGGCAGGAUGUCGUUUACAACUUUUUUAACUGGCCUACCAUCGCCGGAAGUCAGCUUGUCGUCAUCGCUGUUGCAAAUACCAUGGAUCUUCCAGAACGAGUAAUGACAGGAAGAGUCAGGAGUCGAUUGGGAAUGGUUCGUAUCAACUUCAAGCCGUACAAGGUCGCGCAGUUGACGGAGAUCGUCAAUGCGAGGCUAGAAAGUGCUAAGAAAAGUCUUGGGGAUGAAACCCCCGAUGUCAUCAAUAAGGAUGGAAUCAAAUUCGCGGCCAUGAAAGUGAGCGCAAUCAGCGGUGAUGCUCGGAGGGUAUUGGAUAUUUGCCGGUACAUUAUUCAGUUGUCUGAAGAAGGUAUCACUGACAAUGUACCUUUUAGACGCUCUGUAGAAACUGUUCGUCCGGAAAAGAAAACGGCCUCUUUACCUACGGUUAAGGAGGUAAUAAGUGUUAUGCAGAACAGUCCGACGGCUGCCUAUCUGCGGGACUGCAGCUUCCAUGAACGGUUGAUGCUCGCGGCACUGGUAAAAUGCGUCAAGCGUGAGGGUGUGGAAGAGAUCAAAUGGGGUGAGGUUCAACACCAACACCUGAUCUACAUGAACGUGCUCACUUCUGAGUCUGAUCCGACACGAAAGCCUACAGCACACGAGCUCAAUAUUGUGCUGGAAUCGCUGAUAGCGUCUCGGGCCAUACUUAUAGAAGAUGGGUUUGGUGCGUCGAGGAAGGCGGAAGGAGAUAGGAAGAUCAUCCUGAACCUGGAACAGAGUGAAGUGGAAAGGGUCCUUAGUGAAGUAGGAGGUUCAAGAUGGAAGAAUGUGCUUAGUGUAUGAUGUUCUUGACGUUUGGUUUUAUGAACGUAUGGUGUGCCUUCGUAUCUGUGGAAUUGGUUUUUUUUUUAACUUGUAAAACAUCGGCGCCAUACUUCCUAUAUGAUGUCUACUCCACUAGAACUGAAACCUG